UUUACGUGUGAACUUGGACAUGGGUAAGGCAGCCUAUGGGUGGAUGAUUAUGAAAGACGACAAUAUUCCUGGAACAGUUGUUCGAACUAGCACCAUACCAGAAGAGUUGGGACGAUUAGUUUAUUUACUAACGGAUAAAACAGGUACACUUACACAGAAUGAGAUGAUAUUUAAGCGCCUCCACCUAGGUACUGUGUCCUAUGGAACAGACACAAUGGAUGAAAUUCAGAGCCAUAUUAUAAACUCUUAUUCACAGGUGCAUGCUCAGAAUAGUGGAAAUAGUACAAGUUCAACGCCAUCUAGGAAACCUCAGUCUUCUGCACCCAAAGUCCGCAAGAGUGUCAGCAGUCGGAUACACGAAGCAGUGAAGGCCAUUGCGCUGUGCCACAACGUGACCCCAGUAUACGAGUCCCGGGCUGGUGUGUCUGGAGAAACAGAAUAUGCAGAGGUGGAUCAGGACUUCAGCGAUGAAAAUCGGACUUACCAGGCUUCCAGCCCUGAUGAGGUAGCUCUGGUGCAGUGGACAGAGAGUGUUGGUCUCACUCUGGUUAACAGGGAUCUGACCUCCAUGCAGCUGAAGACCCCUGGGGGACACAUUCUGACGUACUAUAUUCUGCAGAUCUUUCCCUUCACCUCUGAGAGCAAGCGCAUGGGGAUCAUCGUUAGGGAUGAAUCUUCAGGAGACAUUACGUUUUACAUGAAGGGUGCAGAUGUUGCGAUGUCCACUAUUGUACAGUACAAUGAUUGGUUAGAAGAAGAGUGUGGUAAUAUGGCACGAGAAGGACUACGUACGCUGGUUGUUGCCAAAAAAUCACUGACUGAAGAACAGUAUCAAGAUUUUGAGAGUCGAUAUAACCAAGCGAAAUUAAGCAUACAUGAUAGAAACCUGAAGGUUGCUGCUGUUGUAGAGAGUUUGGAGCGAGAAAUGGAGUUGUUGUGUCUCACUGGAGUAGAAGAUCAGCUGCAAGCAGAUGUUAGACCAACGCUGGAGAUGCUAAGAAAUGCUGGAAUAAAGAUAUGGAUGUUAACAGGAGAUAAACUGGAGACAGCAACUUGCAUUGCAAAAAGUUCUCACUUAGUGUCUAGGACUCAAGAUAUUCACAUUUUCAGACCUGUUGCUACUCGAGGAGAGGCUCACUUAGAACUAAAUGCCUUUAGGAGGAAGCAUGACUGUGCCUUGGUGAUAUCUGGGGACUCGCUUGAGGUUUGUCUGAAGUAUUAUGAGCAUGAAUUUGUAGAGUUGGCUUGUCAGUGUCCUGCUGUGGUGUGCUGCCGAUGUUCUCCCACCCAAAAAGCUCAUAUUGUGAAACUGUUACAGCACCACACCGGAAAACGCACGUGUGCAAUAGGUGAUGGAGGAAAUGAUGUCAGCAUGAUUCAAGCAGCAGACUGUGGAAUUGGAAUUGAAGGCAAGGAGGGUAAACAAGCUUCCCUAGCAGCUGACUUUUCUAUCACGCAGUUUAAACACAUAGGGCGGCUGCUGAUGGUGCAUGGUCGAAACAGUUACAAAAGAUCAGCAGCACUUGGUCAAUUUGUCAUGCAUCGAGGCCUUAUUAUUUCAACUAUGCAGGCUGUAUUUUCAUCAGUCUUCUAUUUUGCAUCUGUUCCCUUGUACCAAGGAUUCCUAAUGGUAGGGUAUGCAACCAUAUAUACUAUGUUUCCAGUUUUCUCUCUAGUAUUGGAUCAGGACGUGAAGCCAGAAAUGGCAUUGCUAUAUCCAGAACUCUAUAAGGACCUCACAAAGGGAAGAUCUUUGUCAUUUAAGACCUUCCUCAUCUGGGUUUUAAUCAGUAUUUACCAAGGUGGUAUUCUGAUGUAUGGAGCCCUGCUGCUUUUUGAAUCUGAAUUUGUACAUGUCGUUGCCAUUUCCUUCACCGCCCUCAUUUUGACCGAGCUCUUGAUGGUUGCACUGACUAUACGAACGUGGCACUGGUUAAUGGUGGUGGCUGAAUUCCUCAGUCUUGGCUGCUAUGUGGCCUCUCUUGCAUUUCUAAAUGAAUACUUUGGUAUAGGCAGAGUGUCUUUUGGAGCUUUCUUAGAUGUUGCCUUUAUCACAACUGUGACCUUCCUGUGGAAAGUGUCAGCAAUCACUGUUGUAAGCUGUCUUCCACUUUACAUUCUCAAGUACUUGAAGCGCAAAUUUUCUCCUCCGAGUUACUCCAAGCUUACCUCGUAAAAGUAAUUAUAUUCCAAUAGUUUUUCACUCACGCCAGUCUGCAAAUUGCACAUUCACUGUGCUUUAGUGUCUGUGGAUUUAUGUUGGACUAAAGAAAUUUUUUUAAAAAAUAAAAAAAUCUAAAGUGAUAGAGUGAAUAGAGCACAAAAAGAGGAGGAAACAUCUGACAGGUACAAUAACACAGAAGUACACUAACAAAACUAUCAGAGAUAAAAUUAAUUUUCUUCAUGUUGUUUUGUUGGGUUUUUUUUACUUUCAGUUGCUAUGAUUAUAAAAUAAAACUGAAUUAUCUUUGAUUUGACAA